AGGGUUUCACUCCACCGUCCAGCGUCCGCAUUUCUCUUCUUCUCGCAUCUCUCUGCCCGUGCGGCGUGCGUCGUCCCUCAGUCUCUCACUCUCACUCUCUCGUCUGCGAUCCCCUCCUGCUAGGCUGCUAGCCAGUACCCAGUAGCCACGCUGAAUCUGCCUCUCCCUCAAAUCAGACUCUCUCACUCUCGGAUCUAAUCUCAGGCUCAGCUAGGUCUCGCUCCGUCUCUCCGUCUAUCGUCGUCUCUCUCACUUCGACUCUGCCUCUCUCAGGAUCUCAGUCUCUCUCGGACUCUCAGCCUUCGAGCUGCACCAGCACCACCUCUGCCUGGCGCCUGCGGCUCUGCCUCCCUCCCGUGCGACUGUGUCUUGAGAGCAGCUCUGCAACAAAUCAUCAUGAAAUCCUCUGCGCCUACACACACAUGUGCAUGUUUGGCAAUAUUGCUAAUGGAGAUGGAGCAGACAUUUGAAUUUGGGGACAACGAACAGAGUUGGGUGAGAAGAGGAAGUUCAAGUCAAGAUAAGAGGAGGAGGAAGAUAAGGGUUCCAUUUGUUUUUGUUACAUUUGUUCAUUUGUGGGUGGUCAUGGACGGCGGCGGCGGCAGCGGCGGCGGCGGUUUGGGUGGUGUGGAUGACGUCAAGACGCCAUUGUUAGGCGGAGAAGCCGACGGAAAAUGUGGAGGAGGAGGAGACCGUCGUGGGUGGUCGACGGUGACAUCUCUGAAAUGCGAGUUUUUCUCAAAAUUGCCGGAGAAGGUGCGAUCAGGGCUGGACCCGGAGACCCCAUUUCACCUUGAUCUUUCUAAAGCCCCUGGUUUCACCCAAGGGGAGAAAGAAUACUAUGAAAGACAAUUUGCAACCCUAAAAUCAUUUGAGGACGUAGAUUCUUUAGAAUCACAGGGUGUUAUUAAUGAAGAGCAAGAUAGGGAAGAACAAGCGCAGCAUGAAAAAGCAAUGAACAUUUCUAACUGGGCAAAUUUUAUUCUACUUGGGUUCAAGAUUUAUGCUACGGUGAAGAGUGGAUCCUUAGCUAUUGCAGCCUCAACAUUGGAUUCAUUGCUAGAUCUAAUGGCUGGUGGUAUUCUUUGGUUCACGCACUUAUCAAUGAAAAGCAUAAAUAUCUACAAAUAUCCUAUAGGGAAAUUGAGGGUGCAACCAGUUGGCAUUGUCAUCUUUGCUGCUGUCAUGGCCACUCUUGGUUUUCAGGUGCUGAUCCAGGCAGUAGAAAAAUUGAUUGAAAACAGCCCUUAUGAGAAAAUGGCUACACAACAAUUGGUGUGGUUGUAUUCUAUUAUGUUAUCUGCCACUGGAGUAAAACUUGUCCUUUGGUUAUACUGUAGAAGCUCAGAAAACAAGAUUGUCCGUGCCUAUGCAAAGGAUCAUUAUUUUGAUGUGGUAACAAAUGUGGUUGGUCUGCUUGCUGCUGUUCUUGGUGAUGAGUUCUUUUGGUGGAUUGACCCAGUUGGGGCCAUUAUGCUUGCGGUCUAUACAAUUUCAAAUUGGUCUGGAACCGUAUUGGAAAAUGCAGUUUCUCUAGUUGGACAGUCUGCUUCCCCUGAAGUCUUGCAGAAACUUACUUACCUUGUUAUAAGGCACCAUCCUCGAAUCAAACGUGUUGACACAGUCCGCGCCUACACUUUUGGUGUUCUAUAUUUUGUUGAGGUUGACAUAGAACUACCUGAAGACUUGCCAUUGAAGGAAGCCCAUGCAAUUGGAGAGUCAUUGCAGAUAAAAAUUGAAGAACUUCCCGAAGUGGAACGAGCAUUUGUUCAUCUUGACUAUGAGUGCAAUCACAAGCCAGAGCACUCUGUUCUCCGGAGACUUCCCAACAGCCAGCCUUGAGUUUUGAGUAAUCCCACAUGAAGUUGGAUUUUGUUGGUGUGAUCUUUAUCAUGACCCCUUUUUCUUCCACUCAUGAUGUUUACGUUAAAGACAAUUAGAUGAAUGAGAAUGGAAAUGAUCGUGUGAGGAA